UAUAAAUUACAAUAUUUCUUAUAUGUAUUUUAGCCACAUACAUAUAGCAUACACAUAGAGGAAAAGCAAAGCAAAACACAUACAAAACUAAACCAAACCGAACAUAGCCCAAAAACUAACCCAAACGAACGCAUCGCAGCACAUUCAACAACUUGUUUAUUUCAAAAUAUAAGUGUAUAUAUAACAAAAAGGCAAAAAAAAACCUGAAGCGCGUAUAUAUCUUAUAAAUAGUACGCUUUGUUUCGGCACCCAACGCUAGCGACCAUCAACAACAACCACAAACUACACUACAACAACCACAAAAACUAGUGGCAGCAGCUGCUGUUUGUCUUGGCGUAGGUCAGGCAACUCCGCGAGCCCACUGAAAACCCAAUAAAUAAAUCACAAACUAUGCACUGAUUGAGCUGCCGGCAAACAGUCGCAACAAACAGCUGAGCCCCCGUCAACUAACUACUACUACUAAUACUAACUGCUCAUAAAUUGGCACAGGUUGCCGGCUGCUCUUUAGUAACUGGGCUAAAAUAUUUUCAAGCGCAAAAUGCUACACUGGUCACUGAUUGUCAGCGCCCUGGGCGUAAUUGUUGGCAUCCUUGGCGCCUACUGCGGCUGGUCCCUGUUCCCCAACAUGAUACACAAAAAGGUCGAACAGAGCGUUGUUAUACAAGAUGGUUCUGAGCAAUACAAACGUUUUGUGAAACUGCCCCAACCGCUGAGCUUCAAGGUAUAUAUAUUCAAUGUGACGAAUCCCGAAAUGAUACAACAUGGUGCCAUACCCAUUGUCGAGGAAAUUGGACCAUAUGUUUAUAAACAAUAUCGCCAGAAGAAGGUUAAGCAUUUCUCGCGAGAUGGUUCCAAGAUCUCCUAUGUGCAGAAUGUGCAUUUUGAUUUUGAUGAGGAUGCCUCAGCACCCUAUACACAAAACGAUCGCAUUGUAGCACUCAACAUGCACAUGAAUGCCUUUUUGCAAGUAUUCGAAAGAGAAAUCACUGAUAUCUUACAGGGUUUUGCAAAUAGAUUGAACUCGCGAUUGAAUCGCACGCCUGGUGUACGAGUUUUAAAGCGUCUGAUGGAGCGCAUACGAGGGAAACGUAAAUCCGUGCUGCAGAUUGGCGAGAAUGAUCCGGGUCUGGCUCUACUACUGGUGCAUCUCAAUGCCAAUCUCAAGGCAGUAUUCAAUGACCCACGCUCCAUGUUUGUGCAUACCUCAGUGCGGGAGUAUCUGUUCGAUGGAGUGCGCUUCUGCAUCAAUCCCCAGGGCAUUGCCAAGGCCAUUUGCAAUCAGAUCAAGGAGAGUGGCUCUAAGACCAUUCGAGAGCAGAGCGAUGGCAGCUUAGCCUUCUCCUUCUUUGGACACAAAAACGGCUCUGGUCAUGAUGUUUACGAGGUGCACACGGGCAAGGGUGAUCCCAUGAAGGUGCUGGAGAUUCAAAAACUCGAUGAUUCACAUAAUCUGCAUGUGUGGCUCAAUGGCAGCAACGAGGGUGAGGCUUCCGUUUGUAACCAGAUCAAUGGCACCGAUGCCUCCUCCUAUCCACCGUUUCGGCAACGCGGCGAUUCCAUGUACAUCUUCAGUGCAGACAUUUGUCGCUCCGUGGAGCUGUUCUAUCAGUCGGACAUACAGUACCAGGGCAUACCCGGUUUCCGGUACUCUAUUGGGGAGAACUUUAUCAACGACAUUGGACCCGAGCACGACAACGAAUGCUUCUGUGUCGACAAACUGGCGAAUGUGAUCAAACGCAAAAAUGGUUGCCUCUAUGCGGGUGCCCUCGAUCUGACCACCUGCCUGGAUGCGCCAGUUAUUUUGACGUUGCCUCACAUGCUGGGUGCCUCAAAUGAGUAUAGGAAAAUGAUACGAGGCCUCAAGCCAGAUGCCAAAAAACAUCAGACUUUUGUCGAUGUGCAAUCGCUGACGGGUACUCCGCUGCGGGGUGGCAAGAGAGUUCAGUUCAACAUGUUUCUGAAGAGCAUAAAUCGCAUUGUGAUUACAGAGAAUCUGACAACGGUGUUAAUGCCUGCCCUUUGGGUGGAGGAGGGUAUACAACUCAAUGGUGAAAUGGUGAAAUUCUUCAAACAGAGGCUCAUCAAUAAGCUCAAAACGCUGCACAUUGUACACUGGGCGGGUCUUUGUGGUGGCAUGGGCGUGGCAGUUCUCGGUCUCAUCUAUUACGUAUUCCAGCGGGGAAGGCCCGAGAAAGUGUUUGUGAAGUGAGAUUGGAGAAUGGAGGCUUAUUGAAAUGUUAUCAAAUGUUGUAAAUUUAAAUGUAUGUUAUUGUCAUUAUAAUUAUAAUCUGGAUGUUACAACUUGGCUCGCAUUGUCCACGAAUUUUUAUAUAUAAUUUAUUGUUUAAAUGUGAUUUUAUUAUAUUGUGAUUUAGCCUGUACUAAAAACUAUGAUUAAACUAACAAAAAUGUUGAAUAAAAUGUAAA